CAAUGACUGAAGCUACUGUAAUCACUCACCCACUCGUACGUGAUGGAUGGUUCGUAGAGGCCAACCCUCAGUGGCCUGGUCAGGGAAUGUCUCUGCAGGUGUCACGCAUCCUCCACCAUGAACAGUCCAAGUUCCAGGACGUACUCGUGUUCGAGUCCACCACUUACGGCAACGUCCUCGUCCUCGAUGGUGUCAUCCAGUGCACUGAGCGAGACGAGUUCUCCUACCAGGAGAUGAUCGCCCACCUGCCCCUCGCCUCCCACCCAGACCCCAAGCGGGUCCUUGUCAUUGGUGGAGGUGAUGGUGGUGUGCUGCGAGAAGUCGUUAAGCACCCCUCUGUCGAGGAGGUCAUCCUCUGUGACAUCGACGAGGCCGUGCCCCGUGUCUCGAGCAAGUACCUCCCCAAGAUGGCUGCUGGUCUCACCCACACCAAGGUAAAGGUCAUCAUCGGCGAUGGAUUUGCAUUCCUCAAGGAGGAGGCCAACAAGGCCGCAUUCGACUGCAUCAUCACCGACUCGUCCGACCCAGUUGGACCUGCAGAGGCCCUCUUCCAGCCCCCCUUCUUCAAGCUGCUCAAGGAGGCUCUCAAGCCCGGAGGACACAUCUCCACUCAGGCCGAGUGCCUCUGGCUCCACCUGCCAUUGAUCUCUGAGCUUCGCAAGAGCGUCAACGAGCUUUUCCCCGUUGCCGACUACGCUUUCACAACCAUCCCCACUUACCCUUGUGGUCAGAUCGGCUUCGUUGUCUGCUCCCUCGAGCCUCAGCGCAACGUGCGACAGGCGCUCAGGGAGAUUCCCGGCUGCCGAUACUGGUCGCCCAAGGUGCACACCAGCGCUUUCACCCUGCCAGAGUUCGCACGAAAGGUCAUUGAGGACGGUGCUCCAGCUCCCGGCCCAGUCGUCGCGACUGGUGAGGGCGAGGGUACUGCCACCAAGAGGGCAGCCAAGAAGAUCCUUCUCCUCGGCAGCGGAUACGUCGCUCGACCCUUCGCAGAGUACGUCACCCGAUACUCGGAGUUCAGCCUGACUGUCGCAUCUUCCAAGAUUGAGAACGCAGAGAAGCUCAGCGCCGGCUUGCCCCGGACCACUGCUGCCUCUGUCGAUGUCAACAACACCUCAUCGCUCGAGUCUGCCAUUGCUGCUCACGACGUCGUGAUCAGUCUCAUCCCUUACACCUACCACGCCGAUGUGAUCAAGGCUGCUUGCAAGAGCAAGACCAACGUCGUCACCACCUCGUACGUCUCCGACGCCAUCCGUGAGCUGGAGCCAGAGAUCAAGAAGGCCGGUAUCACCGUCAUGAACGAGAUUGGUCUGGACCCCGGACUUGACCACCUCUACGCUGUCAAGGCCAUCGACGACAUCCACAAGCAGGGCGGACAGAUCAAGUCCUUCCUGUCCUACUGUGGUGGUCUGCCCGCCCCCGAGGCCGCCACGAACCCGCUUGGAUACAAGUUCUCCUGGUCCUCGCGUGGUGUGCUGCUGGCUUUGAGGAACACUGCCAAGUUCUGGCAGGCACCGCACAAGGAGGCGCAAGUCGUCUCCGGUCUGGACCUGAUGGCUUCGGCUCAGCCCUUCAAGACGGGUAACCCAGCCUUCAACUUUGUCGCUUACCCCAACCGAGACUCGACGCCCUUCCGGGAGUGGUACAACAUUCCCGAGGCAGAGACCUGCAUCCGCGGCACACUGCGCUACGGUGGUUUCCCCGAGUUUGUCCUCGCACUCGUCAAGCUGGGUUUCCUGGAUGACUCGGACUCUGCGCAAGAGUGGCUCAAGGCCUCGUCGGGCUUCACCUGGCCCCAAGUGGUAGCCAAGAUGCUCGGCGCUCCUUCGUCCGACUCGAGCGCCGUGCUGAGCGCUAUCCAGAGCAAGGUGACCUUCAAGGACGAGCAGCAAAAGGCUACUCUCCUGCAGGGUUUCCGUUGGCUAGGCUUCUUCGACUCUUCUGCCAAGGUCACUGUCCGCGGUACACCUUCUCAGAAUAAGGCUGGCUACGGUAACCCCCUUGACACACUCUGUGCCACUCUGGAGGAGAAGUGUGCCUAUGAGCGUGGAGAGAGGGACAUGGUCAUGCUUCAACACCGCUUCGAAGUCGUCUUCCCCACUACUCCCAAGGGAGAGACACAGACGCUCACUUCGACCUUGUUGGACUAUGGACAUCCAGCUGGUCACUCGUCGAUGGCUAGACUGGUGGGUGUGCCUUGUGGUGUCGCCACGAGACUUCUGCUGGAGGGACACCCAGGACUCAAUGUCCCCGGUGGAGGAAUCCUGGCGCCUUAUACCGAGGCGGUUUGCAAGCCUCUGAGGGAAGAGCUGGUCAAGGAGGGAAUUGCACUCAAGGAGGAGUGGAUCUAGAUGCUAGACGGCAGAAAGAUGUGUACAGAGAAGAUGCCUUGUGCGCUGCGUUUCGUAGGAUGCAAUUAGAUUUGUUCCUUCGUUCUAAUGACAGUGAUGGUGAC